CCUAAUCCCAGUCCCAUCCACCCUCCCCCUCUUCCUGCUUGCUAACUCCCCCAGCAUCAGUGAGGAACAAUUUGACGCCCAGGUAGACAUUACUAUCACAUACACACAUACUACUCAUCCCACCCAAGUUUAUAGAGGAGGAAGAGGGGGAAAAGACAGAGGCUCUGGAUAGCUAACCUCGUUGAUAACUAACACACCUGUGGGAGCUUCACUGGAGAAUGUAGCUGCAGCCCUUCGGCCAAGCCACAGGAAACGCCACCAUGGGAGAAGCUCAAAAGGGCUUACUCUCUGUCAUUGAGAAACUGAAGGGAUCUACAGAGCAGGAGGUCAGGAUAGUGCUUCUGGGGUUGGACAACGCCGGCAAGACCACCCUGCUAAAGAGCCUCGCCUCUGAGGAUGUGAACACCAUCACACCAACACAGGGCUUCAACAUAAAGAGUGUCGCCUCUCAUGGCAUGAAACUCAAUGUUUGGGACAUUGGAGGACAGAGGAAGAUCAGGACCUUCUGGAAAAAGUACCUGGAAAACACAGACCUGUUGAUUUAUGUUAUUGACAGUGCAGACAAGAAGCGGUUUGAGGAGACAGGACUGGAGCUGUCCGAGCUGAUUGACGAGGAGAAUCUAAAGGGUGUUCCAGUGCUCAUCUUUGCCAAUAAGCAGGAUUUGGCCACAGCAUCACCGGCCAGUGAGAUUGCUGAGGGACUCAACCUACAUACAUACCGGGAUCGUGAGUGGCAGAUUCAGGCCUGCUCAGCUGUGUCGGGAGAGGGAGUUCAGGAUGGCAUGAAUUGGAUUUGCAACAACAUUGUGAAUAAGAAGAAGUGAACCAGCAUCCCAAGCAACACCGACUAGAGUCUGAGAACCAGCAUCACAUAAUAAAGAAAUAUUUCAUUUAAUAUGACCUGAGAUCCUGCCCCCUUGACAGAUUUGAAUAAUUCUGUUUUUACAGUGUAUGUAAUUUUUAUGUUAUGUUUUAUGUUGCUAAUGUAACUAAUUUAAAGAAGGCUACAAUAAGUGUAUUAGGCCCCUUGUUACUCGUUGUCCUAUCCUAAAAAUGUAUGUUUUUGUUCCCAUUAUACCGAGGAUCUUUUUCUGGUCAAUCUGUGUGCUUUCUUAAAGACCAAGUUGAGUGUGUAGCGAUGUAGAACUGUUCAGUUCAGUGUGAGUGUAAAGUAUGUGUUUUGAGAUUUUUGA